GCAAUUUGUAGAAAACGAAAGUGCUUAUUUGUAGCUUGAGAUUGUGAGGGGAAUAUAUUUAAAGAGAGUGGAUAGUGCAAGCUGUCAUUACAUGUCGCCAUGUCACCGGCCGCAAUGAAAAUAAAAAUAAUAAAGUGUCGUCAUGUCCAUGUGUAUAUGUUGAUGUUGUUAAUAAGUCUGGGCCCUUGCCCUGGAUUAUGCAAUGCGGAGAGUGAAACUAUGCAAAAAUACGCAAAUGAAUCAUUGACGGCACCAAAUUGGUCACAAUUUCUCGAAGAUUAUGUUUUAAGCCAGAGCAACAGCCAGCGCAUGUCCAAGGAUCUGGCCUAUAUGGACGGUGGGAUGAACGGACCGCUCACUUACCAUUCCUCGGCUUAUAAGCGGCCCGGCAACAAUAUUUACAUUACGCGUCGCAUUGGCGAGGCUGUGGAGUUGGAGCCCCAUCUGCGUACGCCAGUGGAAAGCCAAGGACCUAUGGUUAAUCCUCAGUUCCGACCCAUGACAAACCAAAUGCUGCACCAGCAGCAACACGAACAACAACAGCAACUUCAACAGCAACAGCAGCAGCAACAGCAGCAGCAACAACAACGCCAACAACCCGGUUUCUUGCAACAGCUUUUUGGUUUAGGUGGCUCUGGUGGCGGUGGGAUUUCCAGCAAUGCUCCUCAAGCGCACUUGAGACCAGUGCAGGCACACGCGCAACAGCAACAUUUGGGCCAACAGCCACAUGCCAAUCCACCAAACACAUUUCGAGCUGUCUCUGAAAACGAUUUGUACCUGCUGGGUGCCAUUGAGAAGCUUGUCUAUCGUGUUGAUUAUUUGGAAAGCCGCGUGCGACGAACGGAACAAUUAAUAUACUAUCUGAUGGCUGGCAACAAUCAGAAGGAAGUGCGAGACCCUUGUCCGACGAACUUUACACGCAUCAGUGACAAUUGCUACUAUAUAAAUAGCCAGCAGCAGGUGAACUGGAAGACGGCGAAUACCGCCUGCAAAGGCCUCUCUGCGCAUUUGGCUGAAUUCGAGAAGGUGUCCGAGAAUGAGGAGAUAAUGGCAUAUUUGUUAAAUCAGCCGGCACAUCGGGGACGCGACUAUUGGCUGGGUGGUCUCAACCCGGGUUUGUUGUGGAUUUGGUCGAAUUCUGCAAAGCCCGUCAAUCCGAAUACAAACCUUACAUCCAUAGCAAUGUCACAGAAGGGUGAGAACUCAACCGCCACCAAUCUGGUGGACAGCAGCGAAGAAUCUGCCGAGGACAAAGAUAUACUCAACAAUACAGUGCAGAUUGAGGGCAAGGGACGCUGCCUGCGUCUCAGUUACAAUUCGGGGAAGCACAGCUAUGUGUACUAUGGGCAAGAGUGCACAUCCAGGCACUAUUACAUCUGUGAGUACGAGGACAAGACUCUGGACAAUAAGAUACAGAAGAUCGCGCGUAACCUGAAGCUGUUUGAUUGAAGAACAUUCGCACAAGUAUACAGUAUAUUCGUUAAGAAUUUACAUCCAAUAAUACUAUGUCAUUAACACAACAUAAAGUCCAGAACAGGCAUUAUAUUAUUUUUUAGCUUAGUAUGUCGGCAUAAAUCCAAAAAUCAAUAUACUCAACUGUUUAAUAGUAAGGAAGGAAUUUUAAACAGAAGUCAAUAAAUAUAUUUUUAAAUUUAAAAAAAUUGCUAAGAUAAGUUUUUAGCACCAAUAAAUUGAUUAUGUUAAUUUUUGGCCUUAUGACGACAAAAUUCGCGUCUGAUUUGGACUGAGAAGAGUGUUGCAAACAGUAGAAGGACCUGUGCUGAGUCCUGAUUCCAUAGUGCUUUAAGCAAUUUAGAUUCAGAUGACCGACCCAGAGCAGACCUAUUUAAUAUAAGUUUAACUUUAGUAAUAAUAAACAUGUCGCCUUUAAUUUUCAAUGAAUUUCUUGUGUUAA